AUGUCCGAUUCAGAACAAAAAACUCAAGAAGAGUAUAUCGAACGCCAAACACCAAACAUUCUUAUAACUGGUACGCCAGGAACUGGUAAAACAACAUUAAGUCAACUAGCGUCGGAUUUAACAGGGUUACUUCACAUAAACGUAGGUGAUUUAGUUAAAGAAAAGUCAUUACAUCAAGGAUUUGAUCAAGAAUUUCAAAGUUGGAUUUUAGACGACGAUAAGCUUAUAGAUGAAUUAGAAGAAACGUUAUCAAAUGGAGGAAAUAUUGUAGAUUUUCAUUCUUGUGAAGUAUUUCCCGAACGUUGGUUUGAUUUAAUUCUGGUAUUAAGAACUGAUAACACGACAUUGUAUGAUCGAUUAAAGGAGCGAGGUUAUUCAGCAAAAAAAAUCACGGAAAAUAUUGAUAGUGAAAUAUUUCAAGUGAUAUUGGAAGAAGCAAGGGAAUCAUAUUCGGCAGGAAUCGUGGUUGAACUACAAAGUAAUAAUAUAGAGGAUAUGCAAAGUAACGUUGCAAGAAUUGAAGAAUGGGUAAAAGCUUGGAAGGCACGAACAAAUGGGAAAGACUGUCAAAAAAAUAAUAUAAUGGAUAAAGAUACUCGUAGAUAUGGAUCUUCUCGUCAGAUGGUUCAAAAAACUACCAAAAAAGCUAAGACUCCAACUACUUCAAGGCUCAAACCUCCUAAACAUUCUGCUUCUCCUUCCAAUAAAAUCGAUUGUGAACCAAAUCCGUCUUCAAUUCCGCCUAAAAAACCAAACACAAACAUAUCUUCAAUCUACGAUCAAAAUAUUAUCGCUCAAUCUGGUGAUUUUGGUGACUCUAAAAUAGUAGAAAAUCAGACGAUUGUCACGUCCUAUGUUACUACUUCACCAAAAUUACCCCCUAAAAAAUCAAAUAAAUCAAAUAAGAGAAAGCCGGCAUCACGUAAUAAUAUUACUAAUGUUAAAACAAAGAACAUAAAUGAUGAAUCUAUAAUAUUAGAUAAUAUCGAACAGGUUGAUGAAGAAGAUGGUGUGGUGCUUAUAAUAACCAAAAAACCAACAGCAAUUGUCAAUAAUCGUCCUUCUAUACCACCAAAGAAUCCUAUUAGGAGACCAACCACAAUCGCUAACAUACCUAAACGUACAAGUAGUAUCAAUGUUAUUAACACUAAUGUUAACACUAAUAUUAAAGUACGUGACAGAUCAAGUGCUUCCGUUGUACCUUCUCCAACGUUCAAGUCUGGCACAUUUAAUGUCAGUCCUGUUCAUUAUCCAUCUGAAAAAAUUAGCGAAACUGAUAAUUUAAGGAGGGGUUCAAAGAUUAUGCCAAAGAAAUCCAUACAAAAUCCUUCAAUUAGUAAAACUAUUCCUACGAAAAAUGCAAAAAGUAAUGCUCGACUUUCAAAAAAGAAUUCUCCUGUCAUUACUCCUUCAACUAUUCCUGAAACAAAACGGGACAAUAUGCUCUCUGCAUCAUCAUCAUCUUCUUCUUCGACUUUAAUACAGCACAGGAAGUCAUCACCUUCGACUUCAAUACAGAACAGGAAUUCAUCAUUUUCGACUUCAAUACAGAACAGGGAUUUAUUAUCUUUGACUUCAAUACAGAACAGGGAUUUAUUAUUUUCGACUUCAAUGCUCAACAGGGAUUCAGCAUAUUCGUCUUCAAUACAGCACAGAAAUUCAUUAUCUUUGACUUCAAUACAGCACAGAAGUUCAUUAUCUUCAGCUUCAAUACAACACAGAGAUUCAUAUCUAAAGCCUCAUCCACCAUCUCCGCUUUCAAAAUUUUCAUUCACUCCUUCAGAUAUAAAUCCAAAUAUAAAUCAUAUUGAAUCUUUUUCACAAAAUUCUUUGAGUGAAGCUCCUUCUAUCGAAGAUGAUGAUUUAAAAAGACGUAAACAAUUGUGGAAUGUCAUAAAAGAAUUGGUAGACACUGAAAGAGCUUUCUUACAAGAUAUGAAGCUUUUGGAAGAAGUGUAUUUUAUACAAGCACGAGAUAUUCCUAUUUUCGACCAAUAUGAUUGUAAAACAAUAUUUAGUAAUCUACCGGAAAUAAUAAAAUUUUCCGCCGAUUUUUUAGAUUUAUUACUUGCAGCUAGUGGAAUUGAUGAAUUAAAUGAUGAUCCUGACAAACGUCAUAAGUUAGAAAAUGAUGAAACUUAUAUCGGGGAUGUGUUUGCUCAGAUGAUGAGAAAACAUCAAGGUGAUAGUAGGUUGGAAAAGGUUUAUGGUGAAUAUUGUAAACGGCAUGAGGCCGCUGUUCAAAAACUUCGAGAGUUUGAUAAAGAUGACAAUAAAUGUAAGAACCAAUGCAAUGGUCGAACAACAUCUUGGGAUCUCACAAGUCUUUUAAUAAAGCCAGUGCAGCGUGUAUUAAAAUAUCCGUUGCUAUUACAACAAAUUUUAUCACGCACAAAACCCUCACAUCCGGAUUAUGAGCAACUUCAAUUUUCUUUAUCGGAAAUUACAAAAGUUGCAAGUCGUAUUAAUGAAAUAAAGAAACGCAAAGAUAUAGUCGAAAAAAUUAAACGCAAUGAUAUAAAAGCCGCAGAAGAUGAACUUUACAAUGCUUUUGUAGAAAAGUUUAAAGCUUUGGAACAACGAGGAAUUCAAUUAGUAAAGGAAGUAAAAUGUUGGGUUAAAAGUAUUAAAUCAUUUUUUGAAGACCAGCGGCGAUUAGCAGCCGCAAUAGAAGAAUUUCAUACAUUAGAGUUAUCUUCAAAUAAAGAUCGAGAAAUUCCAAAAAUGAUUGAAUAUGGAAAGGCUAUUAAAAGCCUUGAAUAUUCUUGUGGGAAAGAAAUGGAAGAUGCAAUUAAAAAAGUUUUAUUUCCUCAAAUUGAGAAAUUUUUGUCGCUCUUUAAAGCUCCCGCAGCUGUAAUGAGGAAACGUGAACGAAAACUUUUGGAUUAUUGUCAUGCCAACUUAUUGAAAAUUAAAGGUGAAAUACCCGAAAAAUCACUCCAACAAUCUGCGGAUGCUUUUGUGUCUAUUUCGGAACAAUUACGCGAAGAAUUACCCGCAUUCUUUAUGUUUAUGAUAGAAUAUUUUGAUAUACUUGUACAAGAAUUAAUUAAAAUUCAGGCACGAUUUUAUCGACAAAUGAGUAUGGACUUUCAGCAAUACUUUUAUAAGUUUGUAGAUUUACAGGCCUUAGAACAAAUAUCUGAUGACAGAGAAUUGGUCAUGAGAAAUAUGGAUAUAGUCGGAGAAUAUAAUAAUUAUUUCAAUGGAACGCUGAAAAUGGACGAAGAAUUAUAUAAAUUCGUUCUUCUUAAUCAUGAACAAACACCAACAGAAGUUACUGAAGAUAUAGUAGACCGUAGUGAACGAAAUUCAAAAACUUCAGAAUCGAUUAGAUCUUCAACUUCUUCAAGAAGAUUAGAAAAGUCUAAAGAGCAUAGAAAAGGUUGUAUUUGGACCGAUGAUAAUGGAUUAUCAUUGUUUUCAGAUUAUUCAUCAGAUAAUAAAAUACAAAACCUUUAUGAGUUGAAUAAUGAUAAUUCCGAUUAUAAAGCGAUUAAACACAAAUCAGAACAGAAUUAUGGUACACAUAAAAAAUAUUCAACCGAUAGUGUUUUCGGAUGUCGUUCAUCAUUUGAUAGUAGCAAUCUUUGA